AUGGCGACUUACUAUGAUGGGUGGGAUUUGGCUGCCCUCAUAACAAGUCAUUCGAAUAAACUGCACUUCGGGGGUUACCACUCACCAUGGAAACACACAGAUUCUGGCGUGCCACGCCGUCGGGGUGUGAUAUAUUGCGAACGUGUCGGCGAGCAACAGUUUCUUGUUCGCAGGGUGUUGGACAUGUUCUCAAAGCGGAAUCCACAUCAGAUCCUUCUCAUGGUAUCGUCCCAUCCGGUAGUAGAGGGUGACUCCCUUCUUCGAUCCGAACUUCUUGCGAUGACCAGUUACAUGAAAUGGAAGACGCGGGUGAUGGAGCGUGAGCAGUCUCUCGUGUGUCCGGUUAUGGUGAUCUCAAUUAUGACACUAUUCAAGGUUCGCAUUCUCCAAGGUCCAUACCACGUCCAUAUUGCCAUUUUCGCGUGA